AUGCUAAUUGAUACUACUCAUCGAGAUAUUAUUCAUGAUAUAGCUUAUUAUUUUGAUGGGAAUCAAUUUGCAACAGCAUCAAGUGAUCAAACAAUGAGAGUUUACAACAAAGUUAAUGGGUAACUAAAUGAAAUCAUUUAUAAUAGAAAAUGAAAAAGAGUGCUGAUUGUAAAUGUCAUGAUGGUCCAAUUUGGAAGAUUAGAUGGGCAGAUUCUAAAUUCGGAUAAUUGAUAGCUACUUGUUCUUAAGAUAAAGGUGUAAGUGCUUGGGAAGUUUGGGAAGAAGAGAAAUUCUUACAAGAGGAUAGAAAUAAAUAUUAAUAUAAUGGAAAUAGAGAAUAACAAUUUUAGAGAGCAAGGAAGCUGUAGCUGACAUAUAAUUUGGUUCAAAAUCAAAUGGUUUAUUAUUGGCUAUAGCAUAUGUUGAUGGAAAAUUAUAAUUCAUAGAGUUUAUGAGUAAAAUUAAUUCAUAAAGGAAGGUGAAGAUAGUAUAUUGAUUAAGAGCAAUUUCAUGGAAUCAUGCUCCUUUAGAAAGGGAGAUGUUGGUGGCUGCAGGUAAUGCAGAAUAAUAAAAAUAUCUAAGUAAAAUAUAAAUUGAUCAUUUUAAUGGAGUAAAACUAUGGCUAUAUGAAUGUUAGAAUAUGAGUAUUAAAAAUUUGGAAUGA